AUGGCCCCUCGGGAAUCCACAUACCCAGUUCCAUCACAUGAUUUCCUUUAUUCCCUCGAAGAAUGUGUUCAAGCCACUGAAUCAUGUUGCGAGAUUUUAACUAGGGGUUUGGAGAAUCUGGAAUUGGGUACGAGGGAUUUACCUAGGUUAGGUAAAGUUUUAAGGAAUAAACAUCAUUACCUUGUCCUUCCUCAACCUACUAUCCAAUCUUACAAAUCAUCCCUCUCUUCAACCCUCGCUCCUCAAAUAGACGCCCUCAUUUCCCGUGCGGAUAAUUUAUUACAGGAAGAAUCGAUACAUAUGAACAGGUUGGAAGAAAGAUUAGGGAUAUUACAAUCUGCUAAAUUACCCGAGGUUCCCAAUACCUCUUCAGAAGUGACGGGAUCAGGGAAUAGGCGGAGUAAAGUAGAUGAGGUGAAUAGAGGGGUCAAAGGGGUGGAAGGAGAUACAAAAGGUGGAAGUAAAUUACAAGGAAUAGACAUGAAAGAUCUUAAUCCUGCUCAAAGAAGAAAAAUCAUAAUGCUUCGAGGGAAACGUGAGAGGUUAGAGAGAGAACGUGAAAGGUUGAGUAUGAGAUAA